GCAGAUUAGAGUCGGGAUAUGGCGUCGCUGCACCGACACAGGAUGAUUUUUCACCUCUCCGUGGGAAUUUGCGAGUCGCGUACCGGGACGACACUUGGCUUUCGUGGCUGUUAACAGGGAUCGUACAUGGCGAUGGAGGACGAGGAUAACAACGCAGCGGUUGCUGCAACUAACAUCCAAGCGGACGUCAAGAAAGGAGGUGAUGUCGGAGAUAACGGGGCUAGCAUAGACAGGCAGCCGGACAUGGUGGUCCACCAGGCGGGGCUGAAGCAGACUGCAGGUCGCGGCAGCCGCAGUGGUCCUGGAGCUCAUUCUGCAACAGGAAUCCGAGUGUUAAAGCAGCGCAACAUGAAGCGGAAUGGGAGUCGAAGCUGCAUGACAAGAAAGACAAGGUUUGGAUCCAGAGAGCGGGACUGGCUAAAGGGAGACACACAACGGGGCUGUGUGUGUCUUUAUGGGGGCACGGUGGACCCACAGCCACCAGCCUCUGGCCCACAGACCUCCUCCACCCCUCAGACAGACCUUCAGUUGGUGCUGUGCUCGACCAGUACUACAGUGGAGGAGCUAUGUGCUCAGAGGGACGGACAAGGACUCUACAUUCAGCUGCAUGGAGACCUAGUCAGGAGGCUGGACCCCUCUGAGCGUCCACUCCAGAUGGUGUAUGACUACCUGACAUCUAUGGGCUACGCAGACCCGGUGCGAGUGCAGCAUGAAGCUGCCAACUCAGACCUUAGCUGUUUGAUCCGUUUCUACAGCGAGCGUCCAGUGAAUGCAGACCAGCAAGAACGGACCUUGUUGAAGGGUGUGUUCAGCGUCAGGAAGGGCAAGACACAGCUGCACAAGUGGGCAGAGCGGCAGGUUAUUCUCUGUGGUACUUGCUUAAUAGUGGCCUCUGUGAAAGAUAGCCUGACUGGGAAGAUGCACAUCCUGCCCCUGGUGGGGGGAAAGGUUGAGGAGGUGAAACGGAGGCAGCACUGCUUGAUGUUCAGCUCAGCCGGCUCACAGGCCCAGACUUACUUUGUCAACUUUGACACGCUCGCAGACUACCAGAGAUGGCAUCGGCAAGCAUCAAAAGUGGUGUCUCAGACUGUGAGUCUGGUGGACCUGUCGUGCUAUAGUCUGGAAACGGUCCCAGAGUAUCUAUUUUACUGUCAGGAUAUCACCCACCUCAACCUGCGACACAACUUCAUGAGCCUGCAGGGACCUGGAGGCCUCCUCAACCUCCCCAGGUUUUCCCAGCUGAAAAGCCUGAACUUAUCUCACAACCGUCUGGGUGCAUUUCCUGAGUGUGUGUGUGAGAUCCUCACCCUAACUGAACUCAACCUUUCCUGUAACAGUCUGCACACCAUCCCAGUGCAGAUUGGCAACCUUCAGAGCCUUCAGACACUGUCUUUGGAUGGGAACCACCUCAGCUCCCUGCCUGAGGAGCUGGGUGGCCUGUUUCAGCUCAACAGCCUUGGGCUCUCCUUCAAUAACUUCUCUCACAUCCCUGCUGUACUGGAGAGGUUGAGUGCGAUGGACAAGCUUGCUAUGGCCGGGAACAGAGUGGAGAGUUUGGAGCUGUGCACCCUGGUCAGAAUGAACCACUUGAGAAGCGUUGACCUUCGGCUUAAUGGGCUUCGGUUGGUUAAAAGUGAGAGUCUAGAGGCUGUGAGCCAGGUGACCCAGCUGGACUUACGGGAUAACUGCUUGGAAUCACUAGACCUGAGCCCCGUCUGCAACCUGGAGACUCUGCACUGCCAGCGGAACCAGCUGGGGACACUCACACUCAGCGGUUUCACACUGCGCAUGCUUCACGCCAGCAGCAACCGCCUUACGACAGUCAACAUCUAUCCAGUUCCUAACCAGCUUACACACAUGGACCUCUCACAGAACCUCUUGGAGUACCUUCCGGACUGGGUGUGUGACUGCAGAAAAAUUGAGAUGCUGGAUGUCAUGCACAACGCCUUGUCAGAGCUUCCUUCCAGACUGCUCAACAGCUUGAGUUUGCGGAAGCUGCUGGUGGGGAACAAUCGCUUGCAGAGAGUGCCUGACCUACUUGACCAUGUCCCUCUGGAAGUCCUCGACCUCCAGCACAACAAGCUAACUGAGCUUCCUGAGAGUCUCUUUUACAAGGCCUUAAACCUAAAAUACUUAAACGUGUCAGCCAACUCUUUGGAAAGUAUUCCUCCCAGCAGCCAAUCAGAGGAGAGCCUCAGCACACUCCAGGAGCUCUACCUGACAGGGAACAACCUGGACGAGAACUGCGGCGCUGUGUUGGUGGGACAUCAGAACCUGCGGAUCCUUCACAUUGCCUACAACCAGAUGCUCUCAUUCCCUGCCAGUAAGCUGAGCAAGCUGGAACUGCUGGAGGAGCUAAAUUUAAGUGGCAACAAGCUAAAGACGAUCCCCUCCACCGUGUCCAGCUGCAAGAGAUUGCACACCCUCAUAGCACACUCGAAUCACAUAACUGUCUUCCCAGAGAUCCUCAACCUGCCUGAGAUCAAGCUUGUUGACUUAACCUGCAAUGAGCUGACUGAGAUCCAGCUGCCUGAUUCCUUGCCUGCAACGCUACAAGAGCUGGACCUGAUGGGCAACAGCAGCCUCAUGCUGGAACACAAAACCCUCAACCUCUUCAGUCACAUCACCACCCUGAAAUUAGACCAGAAAUCUCCCAUGACAACAGACUCACUGAGUUCCUCGAUUCCAUGGAAUCACGGUUACUCUGAAAUGUGUGGCCAAAGAAACAAGUUGUGUGUGUCUGUGCUGGCUGUAGACCGCUUCAGAGACAGUGUGGAAGCAUGCUACGGCAUCUUUGAUGGAGACCGCAACGAGGAAGUGCCUCGGCUGUUGCAGUGCACUAUGGGAGAUGUACUGUGCGAGGAACUGCAGCACUCCAGUAUUGACAGUGUGUAUAUGUGCAAUACUUUCCUCACCUCUCACAGAAAACUCGGCAUGGCUGGCCAGAAACUGGGAGCCUCUGCUUUGCUUUGUUACAUCCACCGCGAGACUCCAGAUCCUGGAGGUUACUUUAGCCUUACUGUGGCUAACGUAGGUAACUGCCAAGCUGUACUGUGCCGAGAUGGACAACCUGUACCUCUCUCAAAGGUGUACAGCUUGGAGAACUGUACUGAGGAAAUGGAGAGGGUUAAACUCAUUAAAGCCAUUAUAACAGAGGAUAACAAAGUGAGUGGAGUGACAUGCUGCUCCCGCCUCUUGGGCUGCUCUUAUCUGUCUCCGUGCGUGCUUCCAAAGCCCUGGGUGCACACCGAGCCUCUCUGCUCCCAGGAUGAGUUCUUGAUCCUGGGGAAUCGAGCCCUGUUUGAGCGGGUGUCCUACCAGGAGGCUGUGUAUACUGUGCAGGCAGUGCGGGAUCCACGCACUGCUGCUAAGAAGCUGUGUUCACUCGCCCAGAGCUAUGGUUGCAAGGACAACAUUGGAGCUGUGGUGGUGUCCCUUCAUAUCGGGGAGGACAGCUGUACUUGUGAGCCACUGGUCUCCACCUCUGAACCACGGGGUCCACCUCCUUCCACUGUGCCCAUUCCUGUCACAACAGGUCCUAGUGAUCCAUCCAACCUAUCAUCCAGCAGUGCUGUCAUCACUGAAUUCAGCAGUGAGACAUCGGCCUCUGAGGUGGGGAGUGAGGCAGGGUCCACUGCUUCAGACGAACACACUUCCUCUGGCUCUGCAUCCCGCCUAGAGAGGCGCUGUAGCCUGCACCCCGCUACUACACUGUGCGGGAUCAUGGUGCCAGGCCCAGCUGGUUCAGGAACCCACCCAGGCCUUUUCCAGCGGCAGCCCUCCUGUGCUGCAUUUUCCAAUAACCAGUCUGACAACGGCCUGGACAGUGAUGACGAAGCUCCAUUAGAGGGUGUUAUUUCUAAUGGUAGCAAGUUAGAAGUGGAAGUAGACAUUCACUGCUGUGCUUUCCAACUCCGAUCAGGGGCUCCUGAGAGCCCCAAAGAUUUGAACCUUGAAAAACGGAGCUCUGACUAUCGCAAUGGUAAAAUGCGCAGACAGAACAGUGUGGUGGUUUCUGCUACAAAUGGCUGCCUGCUGGCUGUGUGUGGGAGGGAGAUUGCAGACCUUAAGAAGUCCCCUUCUACCUCCAGCCUGUUUGGGAAGAAGCUGCCCAAUGGCUCUGUGGUAGCCCCAGAGGACAGUCAUAAUCUCAUAGAGGUGGCCCUGGAGGCACCUAAGAAAAAGUCUGGUUACUUCACUGCCCCAGCUCAGCAGGACCCAGAAGAUCAGCUGAUUGUGCCUCCCAGUCUGGAGCAGGAAGUAAGGGAGCAGCUAAGAGGCCAGAGUCCUCUAAUUAUUGGCCUCUCCGCACCAACUACACCCACCUCCUUAAAAGAUCCUGUGUGGGAUCAUCCACACCCCCCUGCAUUUGCCUCAAACUUGGUCCCAGGCCCAGUUCCCAUCCUACAGCAGGAAGUCUAUGACACUGCCCUCUAAGGUAAGGUGCAGGGGUGCCAGCACAGUGCUAUGUCACUACAGACGCCAUUCUGGGGAAAUCUGAGGAUUUUUCUUAUCCAUGUGGCAAAUUUCAGUUAAAGUUGCCAUUCCAGAGGACAAGACAAACCUGUUAGACUUUAAUAAUCACUUUGUGAUAUUGUGCCAUUAAUAUGAGGUAAAAACAAAAAUGUAUGGGCAAACAAGAAUUCCAGUUUGUAAGACUUGAGCAAGAACACUGGUUCUUAUAGACAAAAACAAGCCUGACCUGAAAUGGGAUACCUUGUGUGUUUGAACAUGUAAGAAGCAAUUCCCUUUACUUGGAAAGUUAAGCAUUCUAGCAGGUGCGUUUAGAGACCACAUCAAUUCUCCUCUCCAGGGGCUUCGUGGUCUCUCAGGUCCUGGAGAGAAGCACUAUGACUGAAACUUGAAAAAGUGCCUACUACAGAUGACACAGCCAAGUGUUCCCCACAUCAAGAUUAUUUUUAAGGGGGUUGUGAGCUGAUUAGUUUGAAAGGGAGGACAGUGUCUCUCUCUUUGCCUCUGCCUGUGGCUUAUAAAGGAAAUGAGACUGUACGAGUGCAUUAUGGGACUAAAAGAUGUGAAGACAAAAUAAAACAGAAAUGUUAUAGUUGAGUUUUAAUUUACAUUGUAGUACAUGCUCACAUCUGCUUGAGCUGCUUACAUCAGGAUUGAGUAGAUUUCUUAUAUAAAGCAGUGCAGUAUCAGUCAUUUCAACUUUCAGCUAUAGUUUCUGUAGAACUUAAAAAAAAACGCUUUUAAUGGAGAAAUUAGUGAUUCCUCAUUAUCAUGAACAACCUCCUUAAAAUCUACAUUCAAAGAACAUAAAAGAUUAACUAGAAAUUAACCAGUUUAUUGGUCAUGGUGAAUUGGAGUGUUCAGGAUGUUUGGGAAUAAUCUAAUUACAAUAAUUUAAACAAAUCAGUCGGGUAUUACAUGAUGCACUGUUAAAAACCGACUGAUAGAUACAGUAUUUGUAUGUUCUGUAAAAAAAUAAACCAAACAAAAAAAACCAAGAAACCCUUUUUAUUAACAUGAAGCAGUCUGGCACACUUUAGAGGCUGCUACCCUUUUACAGCUCUGAUGAUCAUUUCAUAUUAGUGUUACCUUAAGAUGUUCAGUGCAAACAUUUCCCUUAUAGGAACUUCACUGUCCCUGCACAGUCGUAUGUUUUGUAAUACCGCUCGUUUCAUCAAAUAUAUGACACGAAAGCUGCUAUACCCAUCAACUGUGGUCAGCUAGGGGGGCAGCAGGAUGUGUUAGGGUGUGCUGUAAAUUUGAUUGGGUAGAAAUAGAAAAUAUGUGGCUGCAAUGAACAAAAAAUGAGAAUUUAAUGUGGGAACUCAUGCUUAAACAAGAGUCCUGUAAACCAUUCAACUGUCUAACUGGAGAAAUGACUUAAUGCAAACAGGAUGUGAACAAUUGCUGAAAGAAUAAGAAUUAAUUACAGUAUCUCAAAAAGUGUUUAGAUUUUAAAAAUCCAUCGUCACCACUUGUCUCUGCUUGCAGAUAAAGUUAUUGACAUUUUCAUGUCUCAGCUAAUCUUAGUGCUGUAAUGAGGGGUGCAUGGGAGCAAGGGAUGUUGAUGAUAUACCAAUUUAAAUCAUUUUUUCACAAAGUCAAUUCGGCACUGAAACAAAUCAAGGCUUUUCUAUAAUUUGAAGUUGCUCUCUUUUCAUGUGCACAUAUUUUCUUAUGUGCUACUUUCUGAUCUUUGAGCAAUGCUUCUUUCAAGCACAGAUCACACAGAGUGCAGCAGCAGUAUGAGAUCUUGCAGUGAGCAUACUAGCUAAGUCUCAGAAUAACACAUAGAGUGUUAACAGCAGCUGUUUUUCAACAUAUGUAGAUUACCAUAUUUAUCUUAUUCCUGUUAUCUGAAUGAUCAGGUAAUAACAGUAUUGUGCAACCCCAGAAACCUCAGUUCAUCCAGCCCUGAACGUCCCCACUUUGUGCCAUAAGAGGAAGCAGCUCUGCUGGGCUGCUGUGGUUAUAAGUAGGCCAAAGCAUAGGUAAUUGCUGCUGUCAGUGAUUACUACAUUAGAUGUCUAUUUUUGGUUGCCACCUCAGUUUUGGGAUUCCAUAGCAAAUGAAUAGCUGGACCUUUUCCUUUUGCCUUAAAGUACCACUAAGUAUUUUUGAAAGGAGGAUCCCUUUGAAUCAUCUAUGUUCUGUUUGUGAGUAAAAUCUUUAGCUCUGUGGGUGUUGGUUAUCCUUGGCUCCAUAAUGAAUGAAUGAAUGAUAACCCUUUAUUUGUUUUUAGCUAGGUGUUGGAGCUUGAAAGAAAAAAAAACAUUGUUAUAAGCACUUUGUACACAGAAAAUAGUGGUAUCCAGAGUCAUGUAUAUUUGAGUUGCUUGGACAAUUUUGGCUUCCCUGCACUUUAUCUCUUCUCAAAGAAUACACUAAUAAUGGAAUUGAGGAUUAAGGGACAUGACGGCAAUCAGUUUUUUAGUUGAUGUUUUUUUUUAAACAUGACAGACAUUUGUUAUUAUUAUUAACAUGUUUGUUUUUGUUUUCAGUAAACUGGAUUUUUUUCAUAGUGUCUUAAUUAAUAAUUAAAUAUUUAACAUCAGUAUCAUAAAUGGCAUAAUAUUCACUCCUUAGUAUUUAAUCAUUAUCUGUCAACAUUACUUUCACUUUAUAUCAAUAAAUUAUGAGGCUGAAAAAUCAGACAGUAAAGUUUUUGUGCAUGUGUGGCUAAAACAUUAUGCUGAUUUACCCCCAACUGUCUGAUAGUUCUCUGUAUGAUAACAUGCAAAUGGUACCAGUACCAGUAUAGCACAUACUGGUACUGAUUUAACCACACAUUUUAGAUUUAGUUUUUCUGCUAUAUCAAAUGGGAGACCACAUUUUAUUAGCUAAUAACAAUAAUAAGGUUACUAACAGAGUUCAGGGCACUGUGUGUGAGAGGCUAAACACAUGGGACUUUGUGGCUCUGACCUCCCCGAUGAGAACCUACACAGUGUCAGAGUUCUGGACUGAAGUCUGCAAAACUUUGAUGGACACUACAGGCAUUCCUGCCAGAGAGCAAGCCGAGAUUAAAAUAUGAUUGUAAAUAAAGUUGGUCUAUUUCUGACAUUUUUAGCAGGCUCAAAGAGAGGAGGUUGAACUUAGUGAAGGUUUCAUGCAACAUAGUAGUGUUUGCAGCAAUUUCCUUGUAAAUUAUGCAAUGUGUCAAUUGUAAAUAGAAAUGUAAAUCAGAGUCAAAUUUUCUCCUAAAACUACAAAAGUCCUCAAUAUGUCUGAAUAUAAAUAUUGACUGGUGUGUGUGUGUGGAUGAUGUAUGUAGUUGGGGUUGUAUUUAUGAGUUGUAUAGUUCAUAUGUCGUUUUAUUUGUAUGUCCUCAGUCAGAUGUACAUGUGGCGUUGCACUGCAGCAUUUUCCCCCCAAUUUAUUCUGUCUGCCUCUUGAUUGAUGCCAUAUAUUCAUCCACAGUCCUUUGCAAUAUACAUGUUCAACUUGAAAUGUAUUGAAUAGUAUAUUUUGAUGUUAUGUAGACUGCACAGGAAAGGGAAGAUAUGACACAAGAUAGUAUGCAAUGGUUUAGAAUCUCCCUUUAAUUCUUUAAUGGAAGUAAUGUGGUGGUACAAUACUUCUGACUCCCUUCAUACGCCAAAGUAGAAGAAAAGCUAAAUAAAGUAGUUGACAGUGUUUCUUUUUAAUGAUCCACUCAACAACUUGAAGGAAUAAUUUUCUUUUUGCACAAGUUAACAGCCUCCCUGUACUUAUCUUGCAAACUGUGUUUGUGUGUAGUUCCAAUUUUUAGUGCACACAUUCAGUAGGUGUAUGCAUGCCUGUGUGAACAAUGGAUUGACUGUAAUUCUGUGUGAAAAGUGAAUGAAGCUGAUCAUGCUCCAGUUGUUUUAACAUGUGACCAAAGUAGCCAUUGUUUAAUCAGAUGGGUCCUUUCUGUGUAUUAUUUACAAGAAAUGCUUGAAUAUUUUUUUCCUCAAUGCCAAGAAGCUGACGUUUAUUUUUGUACUUCAUUGUAUCAUGCUAAUUUCUAUUUCCCUCUUCACUACAGAAUUGAAAGUGACUGGGAUUCUACAGAAAACUGUAACUAAUUAUGGUACUGACGGUGGUACUAACUGUAAUUGUAUUUAAUAUUGACAGCAUGUUCUAAAUAGAAGUCAACAUAAAAGCAAAUGUGAUUUAUUUGCAUAAAAUGGACCAUAUCCAAUAUUUUUAGGUUUGUAUUUUAGCAUGCAGAUCAUUGCUAAAUUUAUGUUUCAUCAUUAAAUGAAGAUUUAUUUAGGAAUUGAACUAACAAUGACCACUUUUGCUGUUAAUAGGAUUCCCUUGAAUCUUCCUUAAAGGGGUAAAGGUUUUAUUUUAAAUGCUGCUAUCAUUAGUUUUCAGCAAAGAAUUUGUUUUUAUUAACUUUAAGCCAAGUAGCAAUAAAACUUUUUACUGUGAA